UAAAUUAACAAUCUUAGAUUCUCGAUAUCAUCGGAGAGAAAUCUUCGAAUCUGAUUUCAUUACCAUUUCAUCGGAAACAAUUCACCAUCGCCUUCCCAUUCAUUCUAGUUCUUAAUCUGCCUCUGCUGCCUCAAGCUUCGGAGCAAUGGCUGCUAUAUCAAGCUCGGUGAUGAACCCUCAAUCCCAGCUUUUCUCAGGAUCUGCAUUGAAGCCAGUGGAUCAAUGCAUUCUGAAAAGCAACUGCAUUAAAAUCUCUCCAAGUUUCUCUUCAAGGGGUAAAGCAAAGCUGAAAACAAGUGACAUGCCACUUAUAGCUCGCGCAGGAGGAGAUGGAGGAAGAUCAAAUAAUGGGGGGAUCUUUGUUGGAGGCUUUGUAUUGGGUGGACUAAUUGUUGGAGCACUAGGUUGUGUGUAUGCUCCUCAGAUAAGCAAGGCCCUUUCUGGAUCCGACAAAACUGAUCUCAUGAAGAAGCUUCCAAAAUUUAUGUAUGAUGAGGAGAAAGCUAUGGAGAAGAAUCGCAAGAUACUGAGUGAGAAGAUAGCACAGCUAAAUGUUGCCAUUGAUGAAGUUUCUGGGCACCUCAGGAAAGAUGUACCCGUGAGCUCAGAAGUUGAAGCUCAAUAAAUCCUAGGACCAAACUAGGGACACUAGAAGCGUUCUUUUGGCACUCAAGAAGAUAAUGUUUUAGUCAUCGGAUUUUAAAAUUUUAUUGAGAAAUUUGUUUAUCAAAAUUAAGUGUCUUUGUCCAAAAAAAAGCAGAAAACUGCCUCCUUUUACCUUUUGCUCCUGAAAUUGGUAAACUGUUUAGAAAUGGCUUUCGUUUUUGGUGUUGGGAAAUUAUAAACCAGAAAUCAGAGUUUUGAGUGCCUUGAACUCAUAUUAAGAACGGCAGCCUUGUUCACAACCAAUUAUUUCUCGUCUCUCCAUCUUUGAUCAUUUGAUCUUGUAUGGAGGAUAUAUAUAUAUAGAUAUAUAUUUCUUUUCA